CAAAGGGCAGCAAGACUCCUCUUGCGCCCACGAAGCUGCCUUUCCAGAGGAGGCCGCCAGGGGACUCCGCUCUGCGCCGAGGAACUUCAGUGGCGCCCCGGCGGGCUGCGCGGCGCGCUCGGUGCAUGUGAGGGCCGCAGCGGAGCGGCGGCGGCUGCGUCUGGAGUCGCGCGUGCUGGCCAGAAAACCCCUCGCGUGGAUCUGCCAACUGUCGCUGCUCGUGCCGGAGGAGCUCACUCUUUUUCUCCCGCUCCAGCUGCAGCUACCCGCGCGAAGGAAAACAGUAGGGCCCUCGGCUGAAGGUUAAAACCCCACGGAAGGAACAUGAGGUUCCCUUGGAGAUCAUUCAAGAGGAAGAUGGAAGGAGCCAUUUAAAAUCGAAUUAAACUGCAGGCUGCAAGACUGGGGCCUGAGGGCUGGCAGUGGAAAACUCUGUUGGGCUGUGAUCUCUCACUGAAAAGUCCCACGUGCCUUUUUGCUUCCUGCAAAAGGAAGGAAGACAAGGAGGAGACCAUGUCUAUAGCCUUGAAGCAAGUGUUCAACAAGGACAAGACCUUCCGGCCCAAGAGGAAAUUUGAACCUGGCACGCAGAGGUUCGAGCUGCAUAAACGAGCUCAGGCAUCCCUCAACUCGGGUGUGGACCUGAGAGCAGCUGUGCAGUUACCCAGCGGGGAGGACCAGAAUGACUGGGUGGCGGUGCACGUGGUGGACUUCUUCAAUCGCAUUAACCUCAUCUACGGCACCAUCUGUGAGUUCUGCACUGAGCGGACCUGCCCCGUGAUGUCAGGGGGUCCCAAGUACGAGUAUCGGUGGCAAGACGACCUCAAGUAUAAGAAGCCAACUGCACUACCAGCUCCCCAGUACAUGAACCUGCUUAUGGAUUGGAUUGAAGUCCAGAUCAACAAUGAGGACAUAUUUCCGACAUGUGUUGGGGUGCCCUUCCCAAAGAACUUCCUUCAGAUCUGCAAGAAGAUCCUGUGCCGCCUGUUUCGGGUCUUCGUCCACGUCUACAUCCACCACUUUGACCGGGUCAUUGUGAUGGGGGCAGAGGCGCAUGUCAACACCUGCUACAAACACUUCUAUUACUUUGUCACGGAAAUGAACCUCAUAGACCGCAAAGAGCUAGAGCCCUUGAAAGAGAUGACAACCAGGAUGUGUCACUAACAUCCCACCUCAUCUACCGGAAGAAAGGAACAGUUUCUCCCAGGAGUCCCCGUGGGACAGGAAGUGGCCCUCUCUGGCUGAAAUGGUCCUUGCUUCCAGGAGCAGGAAAGCUGGAGCCCCACAAGGACUUCUGAAAGAUGUCUCCUACCCACUUCGUGUGCUCUUAACCCUCUAAGUGCUGCUAGCCAGGGCCUGUGGGCCAGGCAGACCACAGCAUAAAGGACCAGCCUUGACCCCUUAGGCUGAGGAUAGUGCAGGAGCGGCCACUGCACUUCCACUCACGUCACGCAUGGCUGUGGCCUGCCCCCUAGGCUUCACUGGAAUUCAGGUUUUGAGACUGAGAGGUUUUUCUUUGUUCUUUUCACUUAUGUCUUAUCAGACUUCUUGACUAACAUCUCUGUCUUUGAUGUUUCUAAGAACCAAUCAAAUUUGGGGAAUACCGUGUACCAUUUUCCUAUCCCACCUCUUCUUGAGUCCCUGCAGGCCCAGAUUCUGGGCCUGUGGCUUAACCUUGUACGGGGCUUGAAGCUGGGAGGGGCCUGCAGUUCUAUUGGCAGUCCCCAUGGCAUUUCCCUCGUGGGUAGUUUCACCAGGGACCAUCUGAUGGAGGGCAUGAUCUGUGCCCCAGACAGGUCAUUCAUAUGCUAACCACUGGGAAGAGUGCGUUACCAGUUUGCCUUGGUCAGGAUGGAUUUUCGUAGCCACGGUCCAUUAAAGAUAUACUUUCCUAUUUCCCACAAGAGAGAACUAAAGUCACAAAUGACCACUGGGGUCCUUGAGCCAGAUUUGUGCAGUGUUUGUUCUUUAUUGAGGAGUAGUGAGUCCUGGCUGACCAGACAUUUUAUAAUGUUAGGAUUUCAGUGACAAGACAACACUGUUGAUAAUUGGUACGUGUAGAUCAAUACACUUGACCUGUAGCAUUCCCAGCGUGACCUCAGAGCUUCUGAACUCAGCCGAACUCCCUAGUCUCCCUUCUUCUAUUCCUGUUUUCCCUCCCCGUCCUCCCCGUUCCCUCUCCAUCUCUUCUUCAAUCUCUCUUCUCUCUCAUCUCCACUCUAUUCUCUACUCUGUGUGUGUGUGUGUGCAUGCAUGUGUGUGUGCACGUGUGUGUGUCUUCUUCUCUUGCCCAUUGUCCUUCCAUCUCUUGUGUUCUAGGAAGACACAGAGUUGAUUUCUGUGCAGUAGGUGUGCUACAGUCGCUAAGGUGUUCCUCAAAGCCAAGGCAUUCCUUCCGGCCAUCAGAAUAACCGUUCUGUGCGUUCCUGCUUUUGGAAGCUUGGGGAAAUGAAAUGUUGCCUUCUCUGAUUCAUUCACCACAAAGCUGUGGUUCUAACAGCUUGACUAAGAAGUACUCAUACUUCCCACGACAUUUGAUUUUUAAUAAAGUAUCUGUUGGUGGAGGGAAGUAGAUAUGAAUGUAUUCUUGCAGUUAAUGUAAUAACAGAAGAUGGCCAAGCUAGUCUGAUGUUACUUAGUAUCUCUAAUAUGUUAAAGCCAUCUGUGACAGCCACAAAAUCCUAGAGAGCAUGGCAUCUUUGCCUAAUGAUGAAAAGGCUGACUAUAUGGAGUACAUAAUGGGACCAUGUUUAGGACAACCCUUACUUCCCGUCUCGUGGAUGCUGUCUUACGAAACCCAACACUGCUAACGUCUUUUUGUUAUUGACUUGCUCUGAUCUACAGGAACUUUUUAUUUUCUCUUGAAGUAACUUUUAGAGACCAAGAUAGACCUAGAAGCAUAUCUGGCUAAGGAUCCAGAGAAACAAAGCCCUGACUUCCUGACCUGUGCAGUACAGAGUAACACAGUUCAUGGCUGUGCGGGAUGGUGACAAUGAGAAAUGGCAGCCUUGGCCUUGAGGUCUCUGCUGCUUUGUACCUUGAACAACUACAAGGCUCAUGCAGCGAGAGGUUGAAUAAGUGCCUGCAUUUCAGUAGUGCCUAGCCAAUGGGGAAGUCUGAAGCUGAAAACAUUUGACAUUUAUUCCUAAUUAUUUUCUCUCAGUUUUUUGUGUAUGUGAAAUUUCUAUCCACCUUAAAAAAUCCAUUUUUUUUUUAACUUCUUAGAAUGGUUUUCUCUGGCUUGUAUUGUUUAAUUGCACUAGUCCGCUCUUGGAGGAAAGUCUAGUCAAUUGCUCUGCUUUUUAGAAGGAUGAGGUGCUCAUAUUUCUACAAAAAACUUUGUUUGGCUGAUUCUAAAGAAAAAUCAUCUUGGGCUGUUUCGAAGCCUUUGGCCUAACUUUAUCCUCCAUACGUCUGUAUUGUGAACAGACAAUCCCUGCAGCCCCGGGGACAGUGCAGGCCUGCUCUGUCUUUUAACCUUCUUCCUGCUUUUCUGCAUUUGUUUUAACUUCGGGAAAGUUCACAGUUGAAAGAUUGCGAGCACCCUAUCCUUUAAGUACAGCAAGUGCUAGCGUAUCACCUCAUUUCUUUCUCACCAUAAAUGUGCUCAUUUCUGAGCCAUCAGAAAACCAAGUUACAGUCAUCAUAAAGCUUUGAAAUACUCUGUCACCCCCUCCUGUUAGUAAUGAGGACAUUAUCCUAUCCGUCUUCAGUGGCAUCAGCUCCAAGAGCCUGAAAUGGAUAUUCAAAUUCUCCCUCAGAAGAUUCUUUGUAGUUGAUGUGCCUUUAAAAAAAAAAAAAUCUAGGAUGUAAUCAAGAACUACACAUUGUAUCUAAGUGUCACUGUCUUCAUUUCCAUUGACAGAUGAUCAUUUCCUGUGUGUGUGUGUGUGUGUGUGUGUGUGUGUGUGUGUGUUCUGUCUUUAGUAAUGUAUGUGACUGGCAUUCCUGAAGAACCUAAGCGCUGGUUUGUUUAGGGGGUGUGCGCUUAUUCUGGAGCCAGUGAUGAGGGUAACAAUGUUCACAGUGAUGAGGGUAACAAUGUUCACAGUGAUGAGGGUAACAAUGUUCACAGUGAUGAGGGUAACAAUGUUCACAGUGAUGAGGGUAACAAUGUUCACAGUGAUGAGGGUAACAAUGUUCACAGUGUUGAGGGUAACAAUGUUCACAGUGUUGAGGGUAACAAUGUUCACAGACACCCUCCUUGCAUCAUGUUAGAAAAUGUGAAUGUCCAAUCGAAGAUUAAUCAGUGGGCUCAAGGUUAUCUGCCUGGACCAAUCAAGUUGCAUAAUUCGUCGUUAAGCUCUGGGAUUCGAUACACGCACCAUUUAUAGAAUAUGAAGCUCAACGUGUCUACUUCACUUCUCAGUGUUAUCAGAGGUCCCCAGUCCCCAAUAUUAAAUCCCUUGCUGUGGAAGAUGAAGACGUGUAAAAGGAGUCAGACCUUUCCACUUAAGAUGAAAAGGAGCAGGAAUUUUUCAUUCGCAAACGAUACAUACAAAUGCUGAUUCAUGGACGUGUGAUGAUCCAGAGGCAAAGUGCGUGUGUGUGUGUGUGUGUGUGUGUGUGUUUUCUUUAGUGAUUUCCCAUUCAGACAGACCCAUAGUUUCCUCGUUGAGCUCAGCUCAUGUAUUAUGAGACAGUGUUUCUUUACAUAGUCCUGACUGUCCUGAAACUUACUAUGUAGACCAGGCUGACCUUGAACUCACAGACAUCAUCCUGCCUCUGCUUCCUGAGUGCUAGGAUUAAAGGUGUGUGCCACCAUAUCCAACUGCUCAUAUGUUCUUGUUGAGGGUGAGGUGACUACUAAUUAUUUGGGGGAGGCAAACAUCUUAACUUUCACAGUAGGUUGUGCCUCUCCAAAAGAGGUGAUUAGGAAUCAGAUUUUUUUUUAAGAUUUUGAUAAUUUUAAAUAAACAACAUAUCUACAAGUCUGGGCACUCUUUGAGGUCACAAGCCUUACAUUUUUGUCCUAAUAGAUACUGAUAUCAACCAUCUAGUGAGAUAUCUUCAAUUUGCCCUCUGGGGUAACGGUUUAAACUGGGGACACACUGGAGAAACAGAACCUUAGUUCUUCCAUUUCUGUCCCCCAGAUGACCUCCAAGCCCCUCAUCCAGGCCUCCUUUGCCUCUGACUUCCUACUGUGUUCAGCCAAAUCGUGGCAGCAGGACCAACGUUCUUUCUAAAUCUAGACUAAAUUGCGGAUCUCGAUUCUUUUUCUGCUUCUUAGGCUGUUGCUCUUCUCUUCCUUGAAUGUUUUCUUAUUUCUUUCCUCAGAGUUAGGAUGAAUAGAAGGAACUCCAGAGAUCCCUAAUUUAUCCUUCCUAUUCCCCAACCAUGCCGCAACAUUCCAGGUAGACCCUGUUCUCCUUUUACAGGUAUCCAGGCUUAGAAGGUCUACAGAACCCUCUGUAUGACCCACAUGACAUCACAGCCAUAGAAACCUUCCAUCCAAGCAGAGCCAUCUAGUCCCUUUGAGCUCCAGCCUGUCUCACGCCUUUUAUUCAGGAAGGUCCAGGGACUGUACAGCAGCAUCAGUAAAUGCUAAGUGCUGAGAAUUUCAUUUGCAUGGUCAUGAAAUGUCCGAAGACCAGUGGUCCUUCAGCCUGCCUUCUCAGCCGACGCAGUUGUGGCUCCUCUCAGGUGCUUUGCCAUCCUCCCACAAAGAACUAAGCUAGAAGCCUCCCCCCAAAGCUCUCCCUCUGUCUGUGUUAUAGACACUGCACACUGUGAAUCUGAUAAGCAAUUAUCUCAUGCCUUCUCCAGGCCCUGCUGUGUUUUCCCUAGACUUGGCUAUAAGAGAAAUCUUGGGGUUUUCUUACCUAUUUCCGUUGACCAUAUGAAACUGUAACUAGGUUAUGUUGAGCAAUUCCAAGUUUCCCUUCUCCCUGCUUUUAAUAUCCUUCAUCAUAACACACUGGAUUUGGUUGAAAUUUUUCCUUAGCUGGAAAACAUUAAGGGAUUUGAUAUAUGCUGGUCCACGCUUAGUCUAUCGUCACGGGCGAAAACACAUUGCUUCCAAUAAUCCCUCGGCAUGAGGAAAAGAAUACAGCGUGUCUUCAAGAAAUGGCAAAGACAUCAUUUGGGUAAUAUUGUCAUUCUGGCUUUGAUUAUUUUGGUUUUGAAGAAACUAGUAAUUCCUGUCUAGAACUAGCCAAACAAAGUAUAUUUUGGAACUAAUGACUUCUUCCUGGUUUUAAAAAUGUUUAGCAGAAAAAUUUUAUAACAAGCUGUUUUCCUCUGGGCAAUAUUAAAUAUGGGUAAAAAAAUUUCAAUAAUGUGUAAAAAAUUGUGUAACGUAGAAGAUGGAUCUUUUUUAAUGAAGUGAGCUAUUUUACUAGCUUCUAGUAUUCUGCUUUCAAAGUUUUCCUGCCUCUUUUUAAAGUACAUCUGAAAAAUGUUAACUAUAUUUCCAUUCCAUUUAUGAUUCAGCUAAGGAUUUGACUGUAAGAAAGCAGGCUAACAUAAUUAAAUCAAUUAGAAGAGCUAGAUAUAUCUAAAGAAUAUUUAUGAAAUAAAUUUCUGUGUGAGCUUAA